AUGGAUAUAGACACGGAACUACUAAUUUCUGCUGUUGAAGAAAAAAACAAUAUUUGGGAUGUUUCCGAUGAGAAUUAUAAAAACCGAGACGCUAGGGAAAAAUCUUGGGAGGAUAUUGCUGCUGCGAUUAUUCCCAAUUUUGUGGGUCUAGAUAACAAAGAAAAGAAAACAGCAGUUGCUAAGCUACAAAAACGUUGGAAAACCGUCAGAGAUGCCUUCACACGUUGCCGUGCUAAAGGAAAAACUUUGAAAAGCGGUUCAGCAGCAAAAAAAGGUGCCAAAUAUAUAUAUUAUGAGAAUUUGAGGUUUUUGGAGAAAACCAUGGAGCUAAAUAGCACCGAAGCAAAUUUUACUGAGGCCACUCAACAAUCAGAUGACCAAAACAGUAACCAAGAUGCUGAUGACCAUUCGGACAAAGAAAUCGACGAAAAGGAGUUCCAAGCUGAAAGACUGCAACCACUUUUCGACAAAAAAAGGGCUUCAAAAAAAAAUGCAUUAGAGGAAAGUCUGGUUACCUUUUUAAAAAAAUCUGAAGUGCCUAUACAUGAUGAAGACAAAUCAUUUUUGGACUCACUAUUACCAACUCUACGAAACUUCAAUCAGGAUCAGAAGCUACAAUUCCGAAUUGAAGUACUGAAUUUAAUGGUUAAAAUCAAAAACUUUUCCUCAGCACAACCUGCAGCAAUGGUUACACAGCCCUAUCCUUCGAACAAUUAUUACCAACGAUCUACGUCAUCUGCAUCAAGUGCAUUCACUCCAAGACCAAUGAUUUCUCCUGGGACAUCAUACGACAUUAUAUCGUCACCACCAUCAAAUUCAUCUACUUCAAGCCAACUACCUGACCAGUUUAUAUACAAUCCUGAAUACACUGAAUUGCCAUAGCGUUAAUAAUGUAGUCAAGAAUGUAAUAUUACAAUAAAG